AUGACAGAAUUGAAACUCAUUUUCUAUCAUCUAAAUUCAGUGCUUGUAAAAGUGAUUCCAAAAUCAUUUCAAAUAGCUCUUGCCCACCUGCUAAAAUAGUCAAAUUUUUGGUAAGAAAUUUUUUCAUGCCUUCCUUGCAGUUAAAACAUAUGACAUUUUUAAUAUAUUACCCUCUGAAGUUGUGAUUAUUAACAUCCAUGUUAACUCACACAAUCAUUUUUUAGCCAUCUGGAGGAUGAGAAAAACGUUGAGCUACACGACUCAACAAAAAUGUUGUCAUCAAGCGAAUCCCUUUUGGAUAGGCCAACGAAGUUUGAGAACCCCUGGUGGAAAGAAGCGGGACGCAUACGAUGGGCUUCUGGGAAGUCUCCAAAGUUGUCAUCUGGAAAAAAAAAAACUUGUGGACCAAGCAGAGAUGAUGAUCCAAUUGAUGAGUGUGCAGCAGCUUACCGAUGCCUCCCCUGUAUGACUUCAAUCUCCCACUUUGGGAUUAGAGACCCGCGUAUACGGCGAAGAGAUGCAAGCUUCAUAAUCUCUGCACAAGAAAAAAAACCCAAAAGAAAUGGACCGGCAACACAGCUUCUAUCGGCAGGUGGAUGUCCAGGACCACGUCCACUACAUUGUCGCUUUUUUUGUCCUGGUGAUCGGAACAGUGGGUGUGACCGGAAAUGCCUUAGUCAUGUACGCCUUUUUCUGUAACAAGAAGCUACGCACUCCUCCCAAUUUUUUCAUCAUGAACCUGGCCGUCAGCGACUUCCUCAUGGCCAUCACUCAGUCGCCCAUCUUCUUUGUCAACUCCCUCUACAAGGGCUGGAUUUUUGGAGAAACGGGUUGUAAAAUGUACGCCUUCUGCGGAGCUUUAUUCGGAAUCACGUCCAUGAUCAACCUUCUGGCCAUCUCUGUGGAUCGCUACAUCGUCAUCACCAAGCCUCUGCGGGCCUUACAUUGGACCUCAAAGCGACGCACUUGCUUCAUCAUUUGUUUGGUGUGGCUGUACUCGCUGGCCUGGAGCCUGGCACCACUUCUGGGGUGGAGUUCUUACAUACCAGAAGGCCUGAUGACUUCGUGCACGUGGGACUACGUCACGUCGACUCCCGCCAAUAAAAGCUACACUUUAAUGCUGUGCUGCUUUGUCUUCUUCAUCCCACUGGGCAUCAUCUCCUACUGCUAUCUGUGCAUGUUCCUGGCGACUCGCCGCGCCAGCAGGGAAGUGGAGAAGUUGGGCUCUCAGGUGAGGAAGUCAACGCUGAUCCAGCAGCAGACCAUCAAGACCGAGUGGAAGUUGGCCAAGAUUGCCUUUGUUGUGAUCAUCGUGUUUGUGCUCUCCUGGUCACCCUACGCGUGUGUCACACUCAUUGCGUGGGCGGGCUAUGCAAGCAUCCUGGACCCCUACUCCAAAGCCGUCCCAGCGGUUAUUGCCAAGGCCUCAGCCAUUUACAACCCUUUCAUCUAUGCCAUCAUUCAUUCGAAAUACAGGGACACUCUGGCCGAAAAAGUCCCCUGUCUACACUUCCUCGGCCAGGCCCCCCGGAGGGACGCCAUGUCAAUGUCACAGAGCCAAUCCUUCUUCAGGGACUCGGUGCUAAGCAGACAAUCGUCUGCCUCCAAAAAUACGUUUCUACAGGUUUCCUCGUCUUUAUCCACAAUGGACACUCAGGUUUGCAGUGAUGUGGAGCUGGAUCCAAUGGACCGGAACCCUUGUCUGAGGUCCAGCUAUUCCCUCGGGGCGCUGAAGAAAAAGGAUCAACCGCAAUGAUCGCGCAGACCCCUAUCGUAGACCCAAGCGCACUCCAAACACGUGGCCUGAGUCAUUGUUCCACUCCAGGCUCGGUGGAGGGAAAAGGGAGGAGGUGGAGCCUGAUGACAAGGACUCGGUCUUCUUCAAGAGACAUACAUGAACCAAGGAGGGCCAAUGCAAGCCCAGCGGGAAGAAGAAGUGAAAGUCACGCCGGCUCCCGUCCAGCCAGACUCUUUGGAAAACACUGAGUGUGUGUCCAUUCCCACACAAUCAAAGACCCAGCUGCCGGACUCUGUGGAAAAACAAAGAUGCGAUCUUGACUUGAUUUAUUACUGUCCAGUCUGGAUUGUUAAAGCCAAGUCUUGGAGUCAGGGGAACUUUUUUUUUUCCCCCUCGCCAGCACCCCCCCAAGUUAAACUUCGAAUACUGUACUAGAUUUCCUCAAAUUGUGAGUGCCACAGUGAUCUCGAAGCCUUACUUAAUUGAUUGACACAGCAUGGUCCAAAAGACACAAUGCGGAUUUUGUUUGCUAUCAAUUGACAGAAUUAGGACAAUGCAUCAUGGUAGCUGAAAAUAAAAAAAAGGGCAUGGAAUUGGAUAUCUUCAGAGUAGAAUCAGGCCUCUUCCAAAAGAUCCAAUUCCGAUAUGUAUCGGAUGCCCGCCAACGUCAGUUGGAUCAGAUAUACGGUACCCCGUAAAUGCCAAUUACACGUCAUCGAAACUGAUGACCCUACCGCAUACGUGCACGUUUGCUCAAACGCUUCCAAUAAACACAUCCAGAAACAGUCGCGAAGCUAAACGACAGUGAAAGCAUAGACAAUCAAAUACCUGUAGAUACAGACACGCUCCAUUAAAUAUGCAAAAUAAUCACUUGUGGAGUUAUUCCCACUUGGUAUUGGUGAGUACUUAAAUGUAUGUAAUUGUACCCAUACUCGGUCUAAACAAACAUUGUUAGGUGUUAAAACCUGCGAUGGGUGUCAAGUCUCCCGCUUAACACUCCCGACAGUACAAUCAUUUGCACCAAUCAAUCUCGUGUUUACGGCAGUGUGUUUUGUGUGAACUGUUACAGCGAGGAUAAAGACUCGUGAGAAGCAAAUUGGGGGGAGGAUCAUGUGGACGAAGGACUCCAUGAGCACCAUUGACACUUCCUACAAUCGGUUCGAGUCUCAUCAUCAUCACAUUUCUGACCAUUUAAAUGGCGUUCAUGAAGACAUCGAGAUAACUUACGGCCUGACGUAAAAAAGACCUGGUACACUUCAGCGGUCCGGUAGCUUUGCACUGGGGGAAUUUGCAGGGGGGCUGAGCCUUAUAUAUGGCAACAACAUCACUUUGUUGCCAUAUAUUGACAUGGCUCACAUGCAGCUGAAAUCAGAUGACCCUGCAACAGUCAAAGGCAAACGUGUCCUCUCCAUUGACUGUAUUGGCUGUGUCAUCUUUACGAAAUGUGAUUAGUAGAUCUCUUUAUUAAAUCGCUCAACACUA